CUUCCUGUUAGAUUACACGUAGCGUCACUGCUGUGUUGUAGAGCUAGAGUCAGAGAAGGUAGCAAUAAACGAAGACUUUACAGACUUUAUUUAUUCACAUAUGAUUAUUAUUCAGUCGGGUUAAUAGACUUAUUUAUCUUCUUUUAUUAUAAUGAAUCCACGUGGUGUGUCGCGUCGUUUGGCCUCAUAUGGUGGCUAAGCUAUGUUAUCAAGCUAAUAUUGACAAGAAUCGUUAGCAAGUAACGUUACGUGUUUUGUUUAAUUUUUUUCCACAAUGUACACUUUAUUAUCUGGGCUGUAUAAAUACGUGUUUCAGAAGGACGAAUACUGCGUUUUGAUCUUGGGACUGGACAACGCUGGGAAAACGACCUUUCUUGAACAGACCAAGACAAAGUUCAGUAAGAAUUAUAAGGGAAUGAAUUUAUCAAAGAUCACAACUACAGUUGGACUAAACAUUGGUACGAUCGAUGUGGGCAAGGCUCGUCUAAUGUUCUGGGAUCUGGGAGGUCAGGAGGAGCUCCAGUCUCUGUGGGACAAAUACUAUGCUGAAUCCCAUGGCAUCAUCUAUGUGAUAGAUUCAACUGAUGAAGAGCGCCUGUCAGAAUCAAAGGAGGCUUUUGAGAAAAUGAUCAGCAGUGACGUGUUAGAAGGAGUUCCUCUCCUUGUGCUGGCCAACAAGCAGGAUGUACCGAACUGUUUGUCAGUGCCAGACAUUAAAACAGCCUUCAGUGACUCUGCCCCGAAGAUCGGCAAGAGAGAUUGUUUAGUCCAGCCGUGUACAGCCCUCACAGGGGAUGGGGUGAACGAGGGCAUUGAGUGGAUGGUGAAGUGUGUGGUCAGAAACAUUCACAGGCCACCCAGACAGAAGGACAUCACGUAAGAAGCUGCUGGCACCCCUGAUACAUCUUUUGGACAACAAGUUUCUCCUCGAGGACAUUCCAUGUAAACCUGGAGCUGAUAACUCUCCUCUCACCUUGUGUUUGCUGUGACUUUGAACAGUUUGAAUUUCUGCUUUUAGGAGUUCAUUACCAACCAAGUGACUGUUUUUAUCACCAGGCAUAAUAUGAGAUGUGCUUUGAAUGGACAUCUGCCUGUUCCACUUUUUCAAGACUUCUCCUGCUUCAUUGUCAGCAGCAGCCCCAGUUACGUGGGCUAUCUGGGGUUGCUGGGACAGGAACAUCAGUUUAACACAUCAUAUGAAAUACUGCAAUAUGGGGUUUCUGUUCUCAGUAUCAGAUUAACUAAACAAUCUCUAGUCGACAUUUUUAUUGUUGAACUAAAAUUAAAAUUCCCCUUACCUUAGAAACAUUGUCACUGUAUGCAACCUGCCAAACAUGAUUCACGAUACAUUAGCCCUCUAAGGAACUACUCCUUUAAGAAGUUUAUAAUGCUGAACCUCUGAGUCCCAAGGACAGGUGUUGAUUGCAGCUGUGCUUUCACGGUGCCCUACAGAAUGUCGUACCACCUUUGAACAUGGAUAUUAUAGUGUUGGCUACCAACCAAUAGUAAUUGAAUCUUCCUGUCCCUGUAAGGCAGUCAGCAUUGGGAAGGACUAAUCCUUUUGUUCAGUUUUUAUUAAAGUCCUUUUAGGCAUGUCUGCCACUCAGCAGCCAUCUUGGCAAUACCCCUAGGCAGUUAUUUUGUCUAACAAGACCGUGCACCAUGUACUUCUAUCACAUAUGCACAUAGUUUCACGGCUUCAGUGUCACUUAAAGCUCACUCCAGAGUGCUGUGAAUGUCACAAAUUAACUCAUCACUCCAGAGCACUUCAACAAAUGCAAGUAUAAUGUGUAAUGUUGAAUGAAAGGACAUACUGAUUUUCUAGCCAAAAUUGAUUUUAAUUUCCGUUCAACUUUCAGGCUCUCCAAUCUAUACAGCGCCUCCACAGAAUGAGGAAGCAAGUUAUUUGUAAUCAUUAUUCAUCAUGAGUCUACCUUUGAAUAACAGCCAUAGGGUAAAUUCAUGAUGGAUGAAUUGGAACAAAUAACUUGUUGUUGUAAAGGGUUUGUGACAUUUCUCACUACUCGUUGACAAAAGAAUUUUGUGGCAGCUGUGUUGCAUGGAGAGUUCAAAUCCUAAUAUGAGCUACUACUGUGAGCUUUUGGGUUGGGCAGAUGAACUAUGCCAUCGUCCGUUGCCGGUGGCUUACAGCUUUCAACUACUAAUCUCUGACCAUCAUAACAACAUGAUUCAAAAGGCGUCCCACCAGAGAGCACAAGUAAGUGAUGUGUGCCCUCACAGUUACUGUAGGGCAAGAGUUGUUGUUUGUGAGAGUAAGUACCCCAUUAACAGUUUUGUCUACAGGUAGGUGGUACUGAUGUAUUUCUUAAUGUUAUUUUGGUCAUAGAAGAGGGCAAUUUAAAAAAAAGUACCAGACUAUGUGACAUACGAUCCAACAGCCACUAAACUGCUGUUUUGAGGUUUCUUUGUCACCUGUACAUCCUUUGACCUUUGUAAAACAGUCACAAUUUGAUCAAAGGGUGUUGGGUAACUGACCUCUAUUAGCUUACUCUAUACUAGCAGUUUAACUUGGGAUGUAUGAAGUGGUUAAAGAACUGAUGGUCACAGCCUCCUUUGGUCAUUUAUAAGUAGAUUAUGAUAAUAAAAUUCAGACGAUUGUCAAUAAAACUGUCAUGUUUCGAUUGUCCAAAAAUGUCAUUUAGUACUCACAUUGACCCUCACAACUGGACCCAGGAAUGUAUAUCAAGCUAUGACGCAUAAUCUAGGUGGGGUUUUUAUUUUUGCAUUUUAAGUGCAUAUUGUUGUGUUAAUUUGUGAAAUGUCAUAUUGGACUCUCCUCAAGCACAAAUAUAAUCUGAUGUCAUCAUUUGUUGUUCUGCCGUCGGUAUGUUCUACUGUGUUUUCAUGCCGUAAUAUUUAGACACAUUGUCUUAAUUAGGCAAGGGAACCAAAACCAGACUUGCCCAAGACCAAUACCAUUUCUACGGAAGAGGGCCACCUGUGAUUUUAGUCAGAAUUCUGAGAAUUCUGACUUUAAAGUCAGAGAAAAAAAAA